AUGUCAUAUUCCCAAUACGCUAGCUUCUUGGAAAAUGAAAUUAGGCUUUUGCGAAACCUUAACGUUAGAGAAAUUGCACGUCUAGAUGAACUUGGUACUCAUACGUCGGAUUCCUUGCAAGAACGACUUCAGCAAGAGCUAACAAAACGUCAUCAGGAGGUGUUUAAAACUCUCAAUCAAGACGAUGUACUUUUGAAAGUUCAAGAACAGGAACAAACCGUCUUGCGGGAAGAAUUACACAGAGUCAUGGCUUUAGUUGGUGAUCUACCGAAGGAUAAAAUCGGAUCUGAUAUUAUUGACUUGCAGGAGGCCCAAGAUGGUAAGUUCGUUUCAAUUCAGCAGCUGAUGACAGAUAUCGACAACUUGCCGCAAAUAUCGCUCAUGGACACCGAAGAUUUGGAGAAUGAGCCGCUGUUAAGCGAGUACAAUAAGCUGAGAGAUGGUUUGAGAGAUAAAGUGAAAGCCAUUAGAGACGCUGAAAAAAGUUUGCCACAGCUGCGACGUCCUUUGGAUCAGUUCAGGAGUUUGGAAAAUGCCGUGGACCGGCAAUUUGGUGAUACCACUAAAUAUUUCGAAACUUACCAAGAAAAUGUGAUUGCACAGGCGCAAGAAACUGCCAAACUAGUAGAGGUAGUAUUGAAGAAGAACGGUAAACUGCCGCAGAGCUCAAUGGAUGGAUUGAAAGAAAUAAUUACCAUGAUGGAGGCAAUGAAGUAA